ACGCCACUCUACCCCAGAGCUCUCGAUGGUGCUUCUCCGGCUUCAGGGCUGGAGUUGGGGUGGAGGGCGGGAAAAACCACAGAGAGAAAACAUACAGUACCCCGGCAGCCGGCAAGAGGAAGAGAGAGUGGCUUCCACAUCCCCAAUAUCCUAGAGGCGGCUGAGCAGGAGGCGGUCGCACAAAGGGGGCCCCGGGUGCCGCUCCAGCCGUGGCCGACCAUAGAGAUGCGGCUCCCGCCGGCUCUGGGUCUGGAGGUGAGUGAGCGGCUGCGGGGCGGAACUGGGAAGGGAAUGCGGGUGGAGCGAGCUGGAGGCAAAGUUUUUCGAGCCCCGGGAUCAGGGUGGGCCUGGGCGCUGGGAACUCUCCGAAGGAGGUACUGAAGGGAGCACCCAGAUGAGCUGGGCCCCGGCGCCGCAGUCGCGUCACGGUUCUGGACCCCGCCCGGGUACCCGCUGCUCUCAGGACCAAAAUCAUGACGAUGCUCCAUCCCAAGCCUUCCAGGUUACAAACCGCCUUUCCCGUUCGCUGGCUCUUAUGAUCCAGCUCCCGCCCGACGAUGUGGACACUGUCAUCACCUCCAUUUUACAGAUAGGAAAGCUGAGGCCCAGAGAAGCGAAGCGACUGUGUCUGUCCAAGGCCACGCGCCCUCCUGCCCGGAACAUAAGCAUAUUUCUUCUCUCGUGCCCGCCUGUCUUCCACCUCACCCUGCCCUCCCGCAGGUGAAGGUUCUUAAUCUUGACGGCUCAGCGUCCUCCUUGGCUCCCCGCGGAGGCCAUGUAUGGUCAAGCUUGAAGAUUUCCCAGAGCAGCGAUAAUAUUCACAUUUAAGAGGCCAAAACACACAAGUCGGUGGUGAUGACAGACCCCCUUUUGGACUCACAGCCAGCCAAUAGCACCGGAGAGAUGGAUGGACUGUGCCCUGAGCUAUUGCUGAUCCCCCCGCCUCUCUCUAACCGUGGAAUCCUGGGGCCUGUCCAGAGCCCCUGUCCUUCUGGGGACCCUGCACCUAUACCUACUGAGCCAGGCUGCCUGCUGGUAGAGGCCACAGCAACUGAAGAGGGACCAGGGAACAUGGAGAUCAUUGUGGAGACAGUAGCUGGAACCCUGACCCCAGGUGCUCCUGGAGAGACCCCAGGUGUCCUGGUAAAGGUGGUGGAGGUGUACUUCUGUGAGCGCUGUGAACAGAGCUUCGCAGAGCCCACUCUGCUGGCCCUGCACCAGUGCAGUGAGACCCAUAUACAGCCUGUGCAGGGCCUCUCUAGCCCCCCAUGCUCUGUAGAGCUGCCUCCCAGCAACCCAACCCUCCCUGGCCCUCUGCAGAGCCAGAGCCCACCAGUUAGCCCCCUAUCAUGCCCUGUGUGUAGACAGGAGUUUGCCCAACCCCAGGCCCUGAAGAGCCACUUCAAGAUUCACCGGGGCACUCCUGACACCUUCUCCUGCCCAGAAUCUGGCUGUGUGUUCUCUGCUGAAGAUCGCAAGGGUCUGCAGCACCACCUGAGGCAGACUCACAGAGCAGUUCCUGUGCCCUGUUCUUUCCGGGGCUGCCCCCUGCUUUUCGGGAGCCAGCAGGGCAUGGAGCUGCACCGGCAGGCGCAUUACCCUUUCCACUGCAGCCACUGCAGCUUCAUGGGCUCCAACGUCAAACUCUUCCGGCAGCAUCAGCGGAGCCAUGGUGCUGGGACACAGGGAGAACUUUCUGCCAUUCAGGGCCUUCCAUCCCAGGAGCUGCUGCCAGCUCCCAAACUGCCUCCAGGAGAGAGAGAACCUUCACAGGAAGCAGGUACACCCUUGCCUGGGCAGGAGACAGCCGAAGAGGAGAAUGUAGAGAAAGAAGAGAAGAGUGACACCCAGAAGGACUCCCAGAAGGCUGUGGAUAAAGGCCAAGGGGCUCAGCGGCUGGAAGGGGAUGUGGUCUCUGGCACCGAGUCCCUCUUCAAGACCCAUAUGUGUCCAGAGUGUAAGCGCUGCUUUAAGAAGCGGACUCAUCUGGUGGAGCACCUGCAUCUCCACUUCCCAGACCCCAGCCUCCAGUGCCCCAACUGCCAGAAGUUCUUCACCAGUAAGAGCAAGCUCAAGACCCAUCUGUUGCGGGAGCUGGGUGAAAAGGCCCACCACUGCCCACUGUGCCACUACAGUGCGGUGGAGAGGAAUGCACUCAACCGCCACAUGGCCAGCAUGCAUGAAGAUAUUUCCAACUUCUACUCAGACACCUAUGCCUGUCCUGUCUGCCGUGAGGAAUUCCGCCUCAGCCAGGCCCUCAAGGAGCACCUCAAGAGCCACACGGCAGCAGCCGCAGCAGAGCCGUUACCCCUUCGCUGCUUUCAGGAGGGCUGCAGCUAUGCAGCACCUGACCGCAAGGCCUUCAUUAGGCACCUGAAGGAGACCCAUGGGGUGCGGGCCGUGGAGUGCCGCCAUCACUCAUGUCCCAUGCUCUUUGCCACAGCCGAAGCCAUGGAGGCCCACCACAAGAGCCACUACGCCUUCCACUGCCCCCACUGUGAUUUUGCUUGUUCCAAUAAGCACCUAUUCCGUAAACACAAGAAGCAGGGCCACCCUGGCAGUGAAGAGUUGCGCUGCACCUUCUGCCCCUUUGCCACCUUCAACCCAGUGGCUUACCAGGAUCAUGUAGGCAAGAUGCAUGCUCAUGAAAAGAUCCACCAGUGUCCUGAGUGCAACUUUGCCACUGCCCACAAGAGGGUACUCAUCCGACACAUGCUUCUACAUACCGGUGAGAAGCCUCACAAGUGUGAGCUCUGUGACUUCACAUGCCGAGACGUGAGCUACCUAUCCAAGCACAUGCUGACCCACUCCAACACCAAGGAUUACAUGUGCACCGAAUGUGGCUAUGUCACCAAGUGGAAGCACUACCUCCGUGUGCACAUGCGAAAACAUGCAGGGGACCUCAGGUAUCAGUGCAACCAGUGCUCCUAUCGCUGUCACCGGGCUGAUCAGCUGAGCAGCCACAAGCUGCGGCAUCAGGGCAAGUCUCUGAUGUGUGAGGUGUGUGCCUUUGCCUGCAAGCGGAAGUAUGAGCUGCAGAAGCACAUGGCUUCCCAGCACCACCCCGGCACACCGGCCCCACUCUACCCUUGCCACUACUGCAGUUACCAGAGCCGCCACAAGCAGGCUCUCCUGAGCCAUGAGAACUGCAAGCAUACCCGCCUCCGUGAGUUCCACUGUGCCCUCUGUGACUACCGCACCUUCAGCAACACCACACUCUUGUUCCACAAACGCAAGGCCCAUGGCUAUGUGCCUGGAGACCAGGCCUGGCAGCUCUGCUAUGCAAGCCAGGAGCCAGAAGGGGCCAUGCAGGGUCCAACACCCCCACCAGAUUCAGAGCCCUCAAACCAGCUGUCAGCCCAACCUGAGGGGCCAGGUCACGAACCUGGGACUGUGGUGGACCCCAGCUUGGACCAGGCCCUGCCAGAGACGAGUGAGGAGGUCAACACUGGAAGACAGGAGGGCAGUGAGGCUCCCCAUGGGGAUGACCUGGGUGGCAGUCCCAGCCCAGCAGAGGUGGAGGAGGGCAGCUGCACACUACACCUAGAGGCCCUGGGAGUAGAGCUGGAGUCUGUGACUGAGCCACCCCUUGAGGAGGUCACUGAAGCAGCCCCUAUGGAGUUCAGGCCCCUGGGACUGGAAGGGCCAGAUGGACUGGAAGGACCAGAGCUAUCUAGCUUUGAAGGUAUUGGGACUUCUGACUUGGGUGCUGAAGAAAAUCCCCUUCUGGAAAAGCCAGUGUCUGAGCCCUCCACAAAUCCUCCAUCCUUAGAGGAGGCCCCUAACAACUGGGUAGGAACUUUCAAGGCAACUCCACCUGCUGAGACAGCACCCUUGCCCCCGUUACCUGAGUCAGAGUUGUUACUCAAGGCCCUAAGGAGACAGGACAAAGAACAAGCAGAGGCAUUGGUGCUAGAGGGGCGGGUGCAGAUGGUAGUGAUCCAGGGAGAGGGGCGAGCCUUCCGCUGCCCACACUGCCCUUUUAUCACCCGCCGGGAGAAGGCCCUGAAUCUGCACUCCAGGACUGGGUGCCAAGGCCGCCGAGAGCCCCUGCUGUGCCCCGAGUGUGGGGCUAGCUUCAAGCAACAACGUGGCCUCAGCACCCACCUGCUGAAGAAGUGCCCUGUUCUGCUCAGAAAGAACAAGGGCUUGCCCAGACCAGAUUCACCCAUCCCUCUGCAACCUGUGCUCCCGGGUUCCCAGGCCUCAGAGGACACAGAAGGUGGGAAGACCCCACCUGCACCACUAGAAGCAGAGCUACUGCUUCCAAAUGAUGCUCCUUUGGAGCUUCCCAGGGAGCCAGAAGAAACAGAAGAGCCUCUUGCCACAGUCUCUGGUUCCCCAGUCCUUCCUGCAGGAAACUCCUUGCCCACAGAGGCCCCUAAGAAGCACUGCUUUGACCCAGUUCCUCCUGCAGGAAACUCCUCACCCACGGAGGCCCCUAAGAAGCACCACCUUGACCCAGUCCCUCCUGCAGGAAACUCCUCGCCCACAGAGGCCCUGAAGAAGCACCGCUUUGAGCAGGGCAAGUUUCACUGCAACUCCUGCCCAUUCCUUUGUUCCCGGCUCUCCUCUAUUACCUCUCACGUGGCUGAAGGCUGCAGGGGAGGACGUGGCGGGGGAGGAAAACGAGGGACCCCCCAGACCCAGCCUGAUGUGUCCCCGUUGAGCAAUGGGGACUCUGCUCCCCCGAAGAAUGAGAGUACAGAGUCCAGCUCUGGUGAUGGGGAUACAGUUCUGGUUCAAAAGCAGAAGGGGGCUCGCUUCUCCUGCCCUACAUGUCCCUUUAGCUGCCAGCAGGAACGGGCUCUGAGGACUCACCAGACCCGGGGCUGCCCCCUCGAGUCUGGAGAGCUGCACUGCAGCCUCUGCCCAUUCACUGCUCCUGCUGCCGCCGCCUUAAAGCUGCACCAGAAGAGGAGGCACCCCACUGCGGCCCCAGCCCGUGGGCCCCGGCCCCAUCUACAGUGUGGGGACUGUGGCUUCACCUGUAAACAGAGCCGUUGCAUGCAGCAGCACCGGCGGCUCAAGCACGAGGGAGUGAAGCCCCAUCAGUGCCCUUUCUGUGACUUUUCGACCACCAGACGGUACCGGUUAGAGGCUCACCAGUCCCGACACACAGGCGUUGGCCGCAUCCCCUGCAGCUCUUGCCCCCAGACAUUUGGUACCAACUCGAAACUGCGCUUGCACCGGUUAAGGGUACAUGACAAGACACCCACCCACUUCUGUCCACUUUGUGACUAUAGUGGCUACCUUCGCCAUGACAUCACUCGUCAUGUCAACAGCUGCCACCAAGGCACCCCAGCCUUUGCCUGCUCCCAGUGUGAAGCCCAGUUCAGCUCAGAGACAGCACUUAAGCAGCAUGCUCUGCGCCGACACCCCGAGCCUGCACAGCCUGCCCCUGGCUCUCCUGCAGAGACCACUGAGGGCCCACUGCACUGUUCCCACUGUGGGUUGCUGUGCCCCAGCCUUGCCAGCUUACGAGGACACACCCGUAAACAGCACCCACGGCUUGAGUGUGGGGCCUGCCAGGAGGCCUUCCCUAGCCGACCAGCUCUGGAUGAGCACCGGAGGCAGCAGCAUUUCAGCCACCGCUGUCAGCUCUGUGACUUUGCUGCCCGGGAGCGGGUGGGCCUGGUAAAGCACUACCUGGAACAGCAUGAGGAGACUUCAGCAGCUGUGGCAGCCUCAGAUGGGGAUGGGGAUGCUGGCCAGCCCCCCCUACACUGCCCCUUUUGUGACUUCACGUGCCGCCAUCAGCUGGUACUAGAUCACCAUGUGAAAGGGCAUGGGGGCACUCGUCUCUACAAGUGCACCGAUUGUGCUUACAGCACCAAGAACCGACAGAAGAUCACCUGGCACAGCCGCAUCCACACUGGGGAAAAGCCUUACCACUGUCACCUCUGCCCCUAUGCCUGUGCUGAUCCCUCUCGCCUCAAGUACCACAUGCGGAUCCACAAGGAGGAACGGAAGUACCUGUGCCCUGAGUGUGGCUACAAGUGCAAGUGGGUCAACCAGCUCAAAUACCACAUGACCAAGCACACAGGACUGAAGCCAUACCAGUGUCCCGAGUGUGAGUACUGCACCAACCGGGCUGAUGCACUGCGUGUGCACCAGGAGACCCGGCAUCGAGAAGCACGGGCUUUCAUGUGUGAGCAGUGCGGCAAGGCCUUCAAGACGCGCUUCCUGCUGCGCACCCACCUUCGCAAGCACAGUGAGGCCAAACCCUAUGUGUGCAAUGUGUGCCACCGUGCUUUCCGCUGGGCUGCUGGCCUGCGCCAUCAUGCCCUCACCCACACCGACCGCCACCCCUUCUUUUGCCGCCUCUGCAACUACAAGGCCAAACAAAAGUUCCAGGUGGUCAAGCACGUACGCAGGCACCACCCUGACCAAGCCGACCCAAACCAGGGUGUGGGCAAAGACCCUACCACCCCCACAGUGCACCUGCAUGAUGUGCAGCUGGAGGAUCCCAGCCCUCCUGCUCCUGCCGCUCCCCACACUGGACCUGAGGGCUGAAAGCCUUCCCCACCUCCUGUAUAGGAAGAGGGUAUGGUCUGAGAUGUGCAGACUGGGACCAGCACUAGCCUGAGGAGCUCAGAGCCUAAGGAAGGACUGGCUUUUGGGGUGCAAGGGUGACUAGAACCCUCCUGGGACUCUGGCUAUAGUACUUUGAAAUUAUCACCCAUAUAAAAGAGGGACAUGGACUACAACGUUGAUUUCUUAUUGCUGUACAUUGCGUUUUUAACCUGCAAGUUCUCAGUUUCUUCACCAUCACUCCAUCAAAGUCCCUGGCUGUAAGAUCUGGAUUUUACCCACUCCAUCUUUUCUUUCCUUCUUACUGUGUCAAGUCCUAUUUUCUUUCAGAAUCUUCUAAAACUAGUUGUAUCCAACCGCAUGUGGUGUUGUGCCUAAUGCUCUAUAAAGCAUGUUAAACAGAAAAUGGUUACUACAUUAUAGAUUCAUCCAAAUCCCUGUCUUAACAUUUCCAGGCUGUCAUCUUGAUCAACUCUGUCCCCUCUCAGACUUCUGCCUCCCUUUUGUCCCUUCCAUCUUCACUCAGUAUUGAUUCUGAAACAGGCCUAGGUCUGCCUUCUCCCUGUCCUUGAGCCGUCUUGACCCUUGACCUGCUCCCUACUUCCAAGCUCCUUUGUCUACCUGUAUCUAUAGAGGGAGGAUUGCUACCCACUAAGCCUCCUCCUAGAAGCAACUUUAGCUCAUCAUCAGUCCUCAGACUGGCUCAUCAGCUACACUAAGGUGUUAAAGCACAGGGAUACUAUGGAAAGGCAGUUGACUAGAGAGGAAAAUCUCCAGUUCAGAAUUCUAUAACUGCUUCACAGUAUAAUUCUGUAGUGCCUUACUAUAUAAUUGAUCAUCUAAACUGGGACACACUGGGAAAACUUAAAGAGGGUACUAUUAAUAAUUAUGCUGGGACAACAGACAUAAACCAGGAUGGUUCCAGCCAGACUCUUCAGGAAGGCUGGGACCACAUAACCUUUUGUCUCCUUUUGCCCUGAUUCUUAAAAGCCAUACUCUGUGUCCUUCCUAUGUAGCACAUGCAGGUCUCCUGGGAACCUCUUUCUCUACCUUUUCCUUGUCUCACCUAACUACCAAGAUGUCCCCACAACCCUUGUACCUCCCCUUCUUGCCCAACAAUGACAGACCAUAUUGAAGCCAAAUUGGAGAGAGAUGUAUUUAUACCAGUGGGGCUAAGGAGGAAGCAGUCCAGUGGGGCACUUUGAGUGCUGUGCAGUGUUCUCUUGAGAGUCAUAGUACAGUCCUGGGGUCAAGUCUCUUUCCCUAAUCUUUGCCGGGGAAGCCUUGAGCCUUGAUUUAUCCUUCCCUUGGCUUUGGGCUUUGAGGAAGUUGGGGGUGGAGGGGAUGAUGCUUCUUUAGGUUUCUCUGUUCCAAGCCCCUCUGAAUUUCUAGUUGCAACCUGCCUUCACACAGAGUUGAUGGGAAAGAUUAGUUGUAGAUGUCGGUAUGGGAUUGAGCCUACAGCAAGAGGAAGAAGGGAACUCCGGUAUAGAGUACACAAAGGAAAAGGGCAGGAAAGAUACCAAAGGCUUAUGAAAACAAGGGAAGGGAAGAAAAGAGAAAAAAAGUGGAAAAUCAGGUCCCAGAUUUGCUUGUUAGGAAGAAUGAGGUAAUUUUGUGCCUAGGAAUGCACAAUCCAAAGCUUGGUUUUCACCACCUCCAUUUGUUCUCUAGAGCAUCCUUCCAGAUGUUUCUCACCAUCUAAAGCCAGCACACCAACCCUUCCCGUGAAAUGCCCACCUCAGGACUCAUCCCCCUCCAGGCCUUCCUGGAUGCAGAUAUACACAAAGAUGGAAGCUGGGCGGAGGCUGAUGCCAUCUUUGGACAGCAGGUGAAUGUGGCGGUAACCUGGAAGGGGCAGGAGGACAGCAUUAGGAAGGCAGCCAGAGCUGGGGUAUUGGCCAGGGGUCAAAGGGGCUGGCUCACCUUGUUGCAUGCAGGUCCAAGGCAGGGUAUACUGACCAAUAAAGUCAUUUCGGGAUUUCCAGUCAUAAUCCAUUACCACAAAACGCAGCAUGGCAAGUUCAGGCACCAGCACCCGGAAACAUAGUGUCUGCCCCCAGUAUGGAUUAAAACCUGAGUUGGUGGAUAGAAAUAAGAAGACAUUAUGACAGUCUUCUUGACUGGGUUGCUUUUCUUGUGUUCUCAUUUAAUCUAGAUGGCAAUCAGCAUUUUACAGGUAAGGAAAAAGGCUCAGAGUAAGCAAGUAAUUUGCCCAGGUCACUGGAGCUUUUAAGUGAAGAGCCAGGAUUCUUUGUACUGUUCCACACUGCCUCCCAUGUGGGGACAUGCAAUAACAGAGACUAUACUUAAUGGAAGACAGACUAGAAGGAAAACUAAUCAUGCUCCUACCCCCACCUCCCCAGCACUGCCAGUUUCUCACCAUUGUUCUCCACAUAGUUGGUCUCCUGCCGUGCUGUGUCUAGACGGACACCAAAGAUCUGCACCUUCACCAGUGGAUCCACAAUGGACCCCUCUUUGGUCUUGUCCACUUUGGGGAGUUGCUGACCGCUGAUCACCUGUAAUCAGGGCUCUGGAAUCUCACAAGUUCCUGCUCAGCCCAGCCCCACCCGACCCUACUCCCAACCCCAGGGGAGGAGACGCUUUUUGGUUUGUAAAACAUCCUCCAUGGGUAAUAUAUUUUCUUCUAGUAUUCUAUCUGCAAUUUAAAAUGCACCCAAAGGCCGGGCAUGGUGGCUCACACCUGUAAUCCCAACACUUCAGGAGGCCAAGGUGGGCAGAUCACUUGAAACCAGGAGACCAGCCUGGCCAACAUGGUGAAACCCUAUCUCUACUAAAAAUACAAAAAUUAGCCAGGCAUGGUGGCGGGCGCCUGUAGUCCCAGCUACUCGGAAGGCUCAGAUGGGAGAAUCGCUUGAACCCAGGAGGCGGAGGUUGCAGUGAGCCAAGAUCAUGCCACUGCACUCCAGCCUGGGCAGCAGAGCAAGACUCUGUCUCAGAAUAAAUAAAUAAAUUAAAUGGAUCCAGGUAGAAAUUCAACAGUUUGAAAGUAGGCAUGCUAAUGACAGCAGCCUCUUUUUUUUUUUUUUCAAAGAGACAUGAUCACACUCUUGACCAAGCUGGAAUGCAGUGGGGCAGUUAGCUCACUGCAACCUCCAACUCCUGGGCUAAAGUGACCCUCUAGCCUUAGCCUUCUGAGUAGCCAGGACUAUAGUCAUGUGCCACCAUGCCAGGCUAAUUUUUAAAUUUUUUGUAGAGACGGGGGUCUCACUGUUGUCCAGACUGAUCUCAAACUCCUGGGCUCAAGCAGUCCUCCUGCCUUGACCGCCAAAGCACUGGGAUUACAGGUGUAAGCCAUUGCUCCCAGCCAGCCUCUUUUAUAGCACUUCCUGUGUACCAGGAAUUGUAAGAACUUUAUAUUAACUGCUAUACUCCUUAUAACCCUGUGAGGCAGGUGGUAGUGUUACCCCUAUUUUGCAGGUGAGCAGACUGAGGUAUGGAGAGGUUAAGGAACUUGCCCAACAUUACCCAAUUAGGAAGUUGUGGUUUGAAGCUAGGCAGCUGGCUCUAAAACUAAAACUAGACACUGUUAAUAGGCUAUCCGGCCUCUACAUUCUGGUCAGGCCUAGCCACCCCUUCCCUCACUUCUAUCCCAGUUAUCUCAGUUUCUUCCCAACAGUUUAUUUCCACUGUACCUGGAUUAAGAGAGUCUGGGCUUUGAAAGGGCUGAUGGGCCUCUCAGGGUGGAAGGAACUCUGGAUAUCACGCAGGAAGUCUGGCUUCAGCACAUAGCCACAGCCGCCAUUCUGGCGGAAAUGCCCAUCACAGAUGUCCAUUUCAAGCCCUGCAGUCUGCAUAUUCAUGGCCACUGAGGGCCCCAGGAGAAAAGAGAGCAAGAUUCACCAUGGAGGCCUUCCAGCCCCUCUUUCAGGGAGUUAAGAAGAUAGGUAUUGGGUGCACGGUACCUGCUGGUAAUACCUCCACUGAUAGCAUUUCUCAGCCUAGCAAUUUUCUUGAGCUUUCUCCAACCCUACUGUCGCUAGAGAACUUAUUUCCCACCUGCUGCUCCUCCACUCCCUCUUCCCAGUCCCUGCUGUCUCCUCACCCAUCUGGCAGCCUGCAUUCCAGAGUUCCUGGGGGUUGUAGUUGGAAGAGUCUGUCCUCAGGCCGCUGGGAUACACACGGCUUAACUGCCAAGUAUUGUGCUGCACAAACUCAUUGCCUGUAAAAGGGUAUGGAGAGGGAGAUGGAAGUGGGGUGGAAUCUCCCACUUCCCUAGUCCCAAGGACCCUGCCUACUCUUCACCCUUCUCUCCAGCAUCUGAAGCUGGCUCCAGAAAGUUUCACUGUGCCUCUCUACUCUGUCCAUCCAGACCAUCUUCCCCGCUUUCCUGCCCCUAGACCCUUGAGCCACUAUUCAUAACUCCUCUGCCCUUGCCUGCUCUGAGGAGUUUCUGAACUCCUUCAUCUCUCCUUAGCUACCUUCUCUUUUUUCUUGGGACUUACCUGCCAGUCCAUCAGGCCUGAAUCUAUCCAUCCCACUUCCCUCCCCAUCCCUCCAUUUUGGUCCUGACCAGCCUCCUUGAUGAGGCGCUUGGCCUUGGUUUCAGAGAAAGAUGAUAUCUCGUAGAAGUGGUAGUGCUCCUUUGAAUGUGUGAAGCUGCGGAAUGAGACAGACUUCAAGUAGAUAACCAGGGAAGAGAGGGCUGGACACAAGAUGGGCUUGGAUUUCUGGAGAAGGUGGAAAAGAAGAUGGAAUUGAACCCUCAGCAGUCUGAGAGAAGAAGAUAAUGGCCAUCCAACCUAAGCCUCUCCCCACUGCCUCCCCACUGUAUUCUCCCUCCUGCCUCACCUGCUGGGACAAGAGAAGGGACUCAGGCUUGGAAAUAGGAGCCUGGGCCAUAAUCUGACAACAGAUAGACGGACAAAACAGCGGGCACAUCACAACCUGGGGGUGGGAAUGGGAAUAAAGACGGUCUGCAUGUACUGCUGGGA